AAAGUGUCGGUCAGGUUUCCGUGGUCACCGUGAGAUCGGCUCGCCGUCGCCUUCCUGCUGCAGUGAGAAGAAGCGGCGUCGAGACAGACUGGGAAGACUCAACACCACCACCUCCAAUAACUAUACUGUACAAUGAAACUGUUAGCAAUAUCUCCCUCUCUCGAUAUCCGCUUCGUCCCGGUUAUACUGCUGGUGAUGGGCCUCUCUACUCCUGGACAAGCAGAAAUCACCAGUCUCGACUCAGGCAACAUUGAUGACGUCCUAAAUAAUGCUGGGGUGGCAUUAGUGAAUUUUUACGCAGACUGGUGCCGGUUCAGUCAGAUGCUCCAUCCAAUUUUUGAGGAGGCAUCUAACAUAGUGAGGGAAGAGUUCCCCAACACCAAGCAAGUGGUGUUUGCCCGUGUCGACUGUGACCAACAUUCCGACAUAGCCCAGCGGUACCGCAUCACCAAGUAUCCAACAUUGAAGUUGUUCCGCAAUGGGAUGAUGAUGAAGAGAGAGUACAGGGGUCAGAGGUCGGUGACGGCCAUCGCUGACUUCAUUCGCCAGCAGCAGGUCGACCCUGUGAAAGAGAUACACUCAAUGGAGGAGGUUAAUACUGUGGAUAGGAGCAAAAGAAACAUCAUAGGCUACUUUGAAAAAAAGGACUGCGAUAACUACCACUCAUAUGAAAAAGUUGCCAACAUCCUUCGAGACGACUGCACAUUCUUGGCUGCCUUUGGCACUGUAUCUGAGCCUGAACGCUUCAGUGGAGACAAUGUCAUCUACAAGCCAGUCGGAGAGAGUGUCCCUGACAUGGUCUUCCUCGGCUCACUCGCCAACUUUGACCUGACGUACGCUUGGGCCCAGGAUAAGUGUGUGCCUCUGGUCAGGGAGAUCACCUUUGAAAAUGGAGAGGAGCUGACUGAAGAAGGAAUCCCUUUCCUCAUCUUAUUCCACGUCAAAGAAGACGGAGAGAGCUUAGAGAAGUUCCAACAAGAAGUGGCUCGCCAGCUCAUCAGUGAGAAAGGGUCCAUAAACUUCCUGCAUGCAGACUGCGAGAAGUUCCGUCAUCCUCUGCUCCAUAUCCAGAAAACUCCUGCGGACUGUCCUGUCAUUGCUAUAGACUCAUUUAGACACAUGUAUGUCUUUCCUGACUUCAAAGACCUCAACAUCCCCGGCAAACUGAGACAGUUUGUGCUGGACCUGCACUCCGGAAAGUUACACAGAGAAUUUCACCAUGGUCCUGACCCUACGGACAGCACGCCUGGACAGGAGGAGACGGCAGGAGAGGUGGCCAGCAGCCCUCCGGAGAGCUCAUUCCAGAAGCUGGCACCCAGCGAGACCCGCUACACCAUCCUCAGCCGGGACCGUGACGAGCUGUGACCUAAACAGCCAUCCAGUGAUCCUGUGACUCAAUGCCACGCCCCGGGGACAGGGAGGGGGUUAGGGUUGGGACAGGCCAGCGAGACAGAACAGUGGGACAGAACAACAACACCCAACACCCUUACUGAAAAGAGAGAGGGGAGAGGAGAAGAAAAAGAAGAACAGGAGAAGAAGUCCACCACCCAACCACGUUGGAAUAACCUAUAUUUUCAUAACUCUUUCACGUACAGUUUUUAUUUUGGAUCAAAAGGAAGUGGGGUAAAGAAGAAAUUGUGUGUGGGCAGGGGUUAGGGGCAUUAGGACAUCAAGAGAAGUGUUUUUACUUUUAUUUUUUGGAGCUUGUAAAUAUGUUUGUGCUACAUGGGAGUCUCAUUGUUGGUCUAAAUUAAAUGCAGAGUUUUCUUUAUUUUAUUCCUUUCUUUUUCAUCACCUGGCUUUUUGUAGAAAAGAAAAACUGACCCCAGAACAGUUCCCUCACUCCAGUUGUAUGGUUCUUAUCUGUGGGUAGUCCAGUUCAGCCUGUCCGAUAGGAGACGCUUGUUUAGUCUCACUGACCUCAUGGCUGCAUCUCAAUACAGCCAACUCUAGUCUAAUUCAUUUGUAUAGCACAAGUUAUAACAACAUGCCUGUUUGAAGUAGCUUUAUCUCCAUAUCUUCUCCACACCCACUCUGAAGGAAUAGAAAAAUAUUUUGGAAUACUUUGUAGGAGUAACGUAAUUUCAAACCACGACUUGAGACUGAAGAUAAAGAGACAGAGCUACUCAAUCCUAUUGAGAUGCACCCCCUCUCUCCCUGGUACUAAAUGGUUAUAGAUUAUGAUGUCUCUUACAGUGCUUAUAAAAAACUAUAGCCCCCCUCGCACCUUUUUUAUGUGUUACUGUUUUACAACACUGAAUCACAGUGGGUGUAAUUAGGAUUUAAAAAAAAAAAUUGGGUCAACAAUUGACAGAAAAUAUCGUAAGUGAAUGAACUUUUGGCCAUCAUACUAAAUUCUGUGUUUUAGUAUAACCGUACACCAUCCCCAUCAUGAAGCCUGGUGGUGGCAGCAUCAUGCUGUGUGGAGGCUUCUCUGCAGCCGCUUCCUGUGACGGUAGAAGGUUAAAACUGAUGCAGCAAAAUACAAAGAAAUACUGGUGAAAGCAUCCAACUACAGAUGUUUAUUUUACAUACCAAAUUGAUGCAGGAAUGGCUUAACAGCCAUGUGAAUGUCCUGGAUUAGCUAAAUUGGUCCAAUCCAGAAUCUGUGUCAGGACUUGAUAAUUGCUAUUCACUCAAAGUAAAACAAAUUAACUCGGAAGGGAAAGAGUUUGUGUCCAGAGUUUAAAAGCUGUUGACAGACCUAUUGAAACAGACCUGAGGCUGUAAUUGUUACCAAAGGUGCCUCUAUUAAGUAUUGUCUUGAAGGACGCAGAUACUUAUGCAAUCAGAGAUUUUGUUAAUUUUGUUCUCAAGACCAAGCUGUCUUUUUGUUGUUGUUGUUGCUCGGCGUCUAAAAUGCUGAUUACCUCCACUACUGUAAAACAGUAAAACAUCAAAAAGUCAAAGUGGGCUGGAUACCUUUUUUUUGUAAAGGUGUGGUGUUUGCCCAAACACCUCUGAGUUGCAAUCCUAGGAAUCAAAUAAGAGGGAAAAAUAAAUGAUUUGAAAUGGUGUACUUUAACACUGCUUCUGAAA